AUGGAAAGGUUCACAAUUAUAAAAGAAGUUGGUAAUGGUACGUUUGGAAGUGUCUGGAGAGCUCUAAGCAAGCAGUCUGGUGAAGUGGUGGCUAUUAAAAAAAUGAAGAAGAAAUAUUAUUCAUGGGAAGAAUGUAUAAAUCUGAGAGAAGUCAAGUCACUGAGGAAAAUGAACCAUCCAAAUAUAGUAAAGCUGAAGGAAGUCAUAAGGGAAAAUGAUAUGUUAUGCUUUGUAUUUGAAUAUAUGGAAUGCAAUCUAUACCAGCUUAUGAAGGACAGGAAAAAACCUUUCUCAGAAGUGGAUGUGAGAAACUGGUGCUUCCAAGUAUUUCAAGGUCUCGCGUAUAUGCAUCAACGUGGAUACUUCCAUCGUGACCUCAAGCCAGAAAACUUGCUUGUAACAAAGGAUACCAUAAAAAUUGCUGAUUUUGGUCUUGCUCGUGAGAUCACUUCUCGGCCUCCAUUCACUGAAUACGUCUCAACACGCUGGUAUAGAGCCCCGGAAGUUCUGCUUCAGUCACCAAUAUAUGGUCCCCCAGUUGAUAUGUGGGCAAUGGGUGCAAUAAUGGCCGAGUUAUUCACUCUUCAUCCUUUAUUUCCUGGGUCAAGUGAGGCAGAUGAGAUUUACAAGAUAUGCUGUGUAAUUGGUAGUCCAACCAACACUGAAUGGCCUCAGGGGCUUGAACUUGCUAGUGCUAUCAACUAUCAAUUUCCUCAACCUGCUAGGGUUCAUCUUUCUGCAUUGAUGCCAGGUGUCAGUGAGGACGCAGUUAAUCUCAUCUCAUCAUUGUGUUCAUGGGAUCCUUGCAAGAGGCCAACAGCCAUGGAGUCCCUUCAACAUCCUUUCUUCCAGGGUUGCUUUUAUAUUCCACCAUCUCUGCGCGCUAAGCCUGCUCUCACGAAAACGCCUCCUGUUGGAGCUAGUGUGGAACAAAAAAGUGAUUCGGGUAACUUGGGUAAAACAAAGUCAGUUUCAUAUGCAGCCGAAAAGCUCGGAAACAUGGCAUUGUCCCCUGGCACUCGGCUGCUCACGAAGCGCUCGUCUAUGCCACCGCCUAUGAAAGCUGGAGGAUGGGAUUUGUUGGCGGGCCGUUCGCAAGAAGCUGGUCUUCCAAGAAGGAACGCUGGUUUUGACCAGUUCGCAGGCAACCGGUUCACUCCGGUGACCGGACAUGUCAGCUGUCCGCUUCCUGAGGACAAAGGGAAGAGGUUUCUGCUCGCUUUUCCGACUGACGGCGACGGUGGCCGCCCAUUAGUUACCGGCGUUUGGAGGAGCUCCGACGCAGGUGCGCAGAUAAUGGGAACCAGCUGCCAGGUUAGUUCCAUCAUGUGGUUCUUCAAAGACCAAGGCUUUGACGACAAAAACAUCCACGAAAUGACCAGAAAAUGCAAACGGCUCGACGAUAUCACCAAAGAAAAAGCCUCCGAAAACUGGGAGUACCUAAAAAGCAUCGGCAUACACGAGAGGAAACUUCCCGCCAUAAUCGGCAGGUGCCCCAAAAUCCUUGCCAUCGACCUGCACGAAAAACUCAUCCCGAUGGUCCAAUGCCUGAAAUCUCUGCAAACAAAACCGAAAGAGAUAGCUCACGCCAUUACUAAAUUCCCACACAUCCUUCUGCACAGCCUGGAACAAAAGCUCUGCCCGCUUUUGGCCUUUUUCGAGGCUCUUGGGGCGAAUGAGAAGCAGAUCGGGAAAAUGAUACUCCUAAACCCCCGGAUCAUCAGCUACAGCAUCGAGUCCAAACUUUCCCUUACGGUCGAUUUUUUUGCCAACUUAGGUUUAUCGAGAAACAGGGCAAUCGGUCAAGUUCUGGUCAAACACCCGUUCGUCAUGGGUUACAGCGUCGAUAAACGGCUAAAACCGACCUCCGAGUUCUUGAAAUCGUUGGGCCUGACCGGGCCUCUGCUCGAGCUCGUGGCUGUGAAUUUCCCGGAGAUUCUGUGCCGGGAUGUGGAUAAGAUUCUGAGGCCCAACGUUUUGUAUUUGAAGUCGUGCGGGUUCGAUUCGGGACAGGUGGCGGCCAUGGUGGGUGGGUACCCUCCGGUUUUGAUCAAGAGCGUGGAUAAUUCAUUGGGGCCGAGGAUUCAGUUUUUGAAAGAGGUGAUGGGGCGGGAGCUUUCGGAGGUUGCUGGAUAUCCCGAGUUCUUUAAGCACAGUUUGAAGAGAAGGUUGGAGUUGAGGCAUAAGUUGUUGAGAGGGAAGAAUGUGGAGUGUAGUUUGAGUGACAUGUUGGAUUGUAACCAGAAGAAGUUCUUGUCGAAAUUUGGGUUAUGUUGA